UGCCGGCCUCGCAGGAGCAAGAGUCAGAGGAGCAGGAUCCGCAGCCACCUAUCAUUCGGAGAGAGUAAACGUUAGCGUGACAGGUCCUCGAAGAAUGUUGUUCCAAGCUGUGUGGGGAAUGGGAUGGGUGAGAUGGGAGAUGAGAGCCAUGUGCGGACGAGGCAGGCUACCACAUGGCAGCCACGAGAUCCUCUUGUGUCCUCGAAUGAUCUGGAGAGAGAAAGAGAGAGAGAGAGAAGCCUGAGGCGGUGAUAGGGUGAAGGAGGGAGCGUACCCAUUUUGAUAGAGUUUUGCCUUAAAAAGGAUUGGUUUGGGUAAGAAAGUGUGUGGUAGAUUUGGUCGUUGAUUGGUAGAUAGUCGUUGGUGAAGAGAGAAAGAGAAAGAAAAGAACCUUGAUGGCCGGAGAGGAUGGGUGUUUAUAUAGACGACGGUCAUGCCCUUUGCCGCUCCUGAGGUUUGCCUUCUUUCUACAAUCUGUAUCUAUCUCUGGUACCUUUACCCAGCAUGGCGUCGAUGCUCGAGCUUGAGGGACUAUUGCCGUAUGCAUCCGCUUGGCAUUACUGAUAAGCGCGCUCGUCGUUCCGGAAGACCGACGACGGCUCGGUCGAAUCUCACGCCAGGAUUCCUUGUCCAACGUGACUUAUCUCCUCCACCAGGUGCCUGCUCGUCUGCAUUUGGUUCGAAGGCAGUACGUACAGUGGACCUCCUGCUGGAACACGAUCGAACGGAAAUCCCACGUCCUCGUCCAGGAGCUUAUCAGGCAGGGAGGGAGGCGAGAUGCAACACAGUUCUCCACUAUUUCUCUGUCUCCACACACACACACACAUAUAUAUAUAUAUGCGGCCUCGUCUGGCAAGGUACACAUCAGUUACCAGAUCCGGCGAAGCAAUCGACGUUCAACUCAGGUAGAGACGCAAACGUGGGAGAGCGAAUCAUCGAAAGCGAAGCACAUGUCAGCAUGAUGAGAGCUGCAUAAGCUCCUCCACCUCCUCCUCCACCUCCUCCUCCUCACCAGCUU